AUGUCUAGAUACGAUACACUGAAGACAGACCGCGGAGGUUGCACUUCAGAAGUGGCUGUUGAUUAUGUGCUUGAUAUUAUCGCCGAGGUAUCUUUUUGUAUUUUUCUGCCGGGGAUGGGCCAGAUUAGGAAGGGCGGUACGAGGGUGGGACUUGGCGUUGGUGUUUUGGAACAUCAAAGGUGGGCAGGGUUUUCGCGGAGGUCGCUCCUCAGAUAUCUCCACAACUACAGAUCGGAGAUCUUCCAAAAUCGAGAAGAUUGGUGCAUAUGGCUAGGUCUAUUCACCUUACAAUUUGUAUGGCAAUUUGGCCCGGGGUUGUGGUGUGGUAGGGGGGAAUGGGGGAUAGUCCCACACAGGAGUUUCGAACGACGUCUGGUUCACGUUUGGCUGGAUAACUCCACCACCACACGGGGUAUGCGGUCGGCGAUGGGGUCAAAAUGCUCGUAUGAUCGAGGGCUUUUCGAUGGAUCUAUCGGCGGGUUCUUAUUCGAAAAAUCGAGCGAGUUCGUGGUGGAGCGGUUGUCUGUAUUUAUGACACAGUUUAUAAGAAUAAAAGCUGUUACAGAAAAAGAAAAAAGAAGAUAA